UGGCUAUCCCGUAGAAAACCAAGUCUCGACAAAACAAUUUAUCACAACAACAAUAAUUUAAUUAUAUAGUGUUAAUUUAAUCCUUAGAGUUGAUUUAAUCAAUCGUUAAAAAGUAAUUCUAUUUCCAGGUAAAGUAAUCUAAAGGCUUUCUACUUUCCAUCGCGGUUAGAAAGCAAUUCUUGUUUUCACGAUGGCCAAUUUUCAAGCUCUUCUGCUUCUUGGGGUUGUCCUCGGAUCUGCACUUCAUCUUGCUGAGCCCCGAGUCAUCACUAACUCUGCGAAGAAGAGGCAAUCUGUUACCAACGAUAUCCAGAUGGUUGCAUCCGAAUCAUCUACACUAAACGAUCAGCAACCAACUGCAAGAGCGUGUACCCCAGAUGCUUUGCUCAAACAGCAGUGCGAAGCCGAACUUACCAAUUACGAUACAACUGCUGACUGGAUAGCCGACCCUGACAGAGCAGACCUGAGGUGGAUCGAGAAGUGCAUUGCAAACUACUAUUGCUUCAAGAAGAAACAGGGAGCAGACGAAUGGACCUCGAUUCCUACCUUGGCGGACGCUCUGGGGACAGACUACAUGGAGAAGGCUGCAGAACGCGCCAAGCAGUUCUUUGUCCGUAAUAACGACUGGGAUGACUCCAAGAAUAAGUUCAAGGUUAAUAACCAGUGCACCAACCUUCUGUACGUGACGGACACAUGCUGAACACAUGGCACAAGUCAGCCUGGCGCUGAUCUACGCUGCGGAGGCGUACCACACACGGGGAGCCAUCAGACAUAUCGUCGGCGUCACGCAGAUGAAGAACCAAGACAUCGAGAACUCGUUGACUCUGUGGGACUUUUGGACUUCGAUGCUUGAGAACUGGGGAGAUUCCAUCAAGGAGCACCACCACUGUACCUCGGAUAACAUCAACGUAGAGGCAUGCCUGGUUAAGAUGAGCAAGUACUUAUGGCGGUUGUUCCUGGCUAUGGAUAAGAUCAAAGGGCUCCUGGGUAGCGAUGCCAGCACCCUGAUGGACAUCAAACCCGCGCAUGACCUCAUGUCCCACUGGCUGUACGACCUGAAGAAAAAAGGCGCAGGGAGCAUUCCGGCAACAGAAAGGAUUGACCUAUCAGCUCCAGCCAAGGAUUACUUACCGGUCUUCCUGGGCUUCUUUCAGUGCUCUAAUGACAGACGUGGACAGAAGCUCUCAGAAAAAUGCAUGGAAAAAAUCCAGAAUAAGGUCAACACCUUCCAUGUCACUCUGGCACUUCAGAUCAAGGCUGGGAAACUGCACGCAACGCCCGCGAGCUAAGUACUUGUAAAUCUUACCAAUAAAUAAGCACGCCCAACAA